AAGAAACUUCAAAAGAAAAGCUGCAGAUGAGGGGCAGGAGGAGGAGAGAGAGAAAGAGAAGGAGAGUGAGGGGUUAAAGCCCCAGCAGCUCAGGGAAACCUGAUGCUAAUGAAGUGAGUGUGUGCGUUUGUGGAGCGCCAGUAGCGGGACUGUGUUUGUGCUCCGCAGCGACUGCACUGGGUCUGUUGCAGCCGGAGAGGAUGCGCGCCUCCUGGGGCUCAUACAGCACACAGAGCCGCGCGCACUGAGGACCAGCGGGGAGCCGCGUUAAAGGGAAAUGAAUGACACAAAAAUGCCAUCGCCUGCGAGAAUAGUCCUGCUGCUGGUGAUUGUUCUGUAUCCGUAUGUGGCGAUGGGGAGUGGUGGUCAGGCUGGGGAUUCCAGCCCAUGCUAUGGAGGGCGCUGUAGAGCAUCUCGCCAAUACACACCAUCAUUACAGAGCAAAGCUGUGCCAGCUUCUUCCAACCACCAACAUACACUUCCUAACUCUCCUCCAGCUGAACUAUGGGAAUCCCGUCCAGCUGUCCAGUCUCAGCGUCUACGAGAAAGCACGAGGACACGCGUUGCUGAAGUGUCCAGUACAGGCUGUACUGGGCCAGACUGUGUUACCGCUCCUGUCCCCUAUAAUAACGACACCAGAGAGUGCAGAGGGCUGGAAUGCAGGCUGCCUUUGAGGAUAAGGCCAAAACCCAAAGCGAGACCAUGCUCAGUGGACGGCUGCACCUCCGAUGGCCCUGCCCUCAGCCAACCUGCUCUGAUACAUGUGCCGGACAGAGCAGCUCAGUUUCUGGCCGAACUUCCGGACAUGGGAUAUCCUCCGACGGAGCUGGGAGGUGCUGCACUGGGAGUGCAGCUCACAUGUGACAUCAAACCAGGAGAGAAUGAAGUGCCCUCGGAGGAUGCGCUGAUCCUGCACCUGCAGCUGGCCAAAGGGCAGGAGAAGCUGGUGGAGGCCCUGCGAGCCCAGCAAGUGGUGAUUCGCGAUCUGCAGCAGCGGCUGGUGGAUCAGCAGGGGGCGCUGCUGUCCCAACAGCGGGAAAUCCUGGAGCAGCAGCGGCGCAUGUACGAGCAGAUGGAUGUGGUCAAAGCGCAGUACGGCCUACUUUCUGAGACUGUCAAGCAGGUGUCCUUCCAGGGCCUGCAGGGGGAGCUGCAGAGCUACUUUGAGAGCCACCUGGCAGGCCUGCAGAGCCAGGCACGCAGCCACCUGCAGAAGUCCAACGCCGUGCACAAAAUGGAUGUGGACGCCAAGGUGAUGGACGUAGCUGGGGACACUGAUCACCCCCUGCUUGCCUGUCAAACUGCCUGCGGGCCUGAGGAGUACUGCAACUUCCAGAAGCAGCCGCCGCAGUGCGAUACUUGCACCAUGUGCCCACCUGGGUUUUUCCUGGUAUCCCAGUGUUCACCCAAUGCUGACAGGAUUUGCCAGGACAGGGAUGAAUGCCUGGAAAUCCCAAACCUGUGUGGCGAACGAGUGAAAUGUCUCAAUACACCAGGUGGGUUCCGGUGCCUGGGUGUGUCUGAGAGAGAGAUCUCUGCAGGCCUGUGUGGCCAUGAAUACUUCUAUAACCAGGAGCUCCAGGAGUGCCAGGCAUGCUCAGACUGUGAUGGGGAGCCAGUGGCCAUCCCAUGCACCCGUAUCAGUGACGCUGUGUGUGGUGUGCUGGCAGAGAAUGCACUGUCUCAGUCCUGGUCAGCAUUAGUCACACUGCCCCCUGCUCGCUCAAAGAGCAGCACAGUGUUCCCAGGCUUACAGUUGAGCAUCAGGGGAAAGGGGAGCAGUGACCUUCUGGUCAGCCACAAUGGCUCUCUAAGCCUGCUCCAGCACGGCCUGCUCUGGGUGGACCACAACUUUGCCCUGAAGCACAGCUGCAGGAACUUUCUGCAGGUUGGCAUUCGGCUCAGUGGCAACGAGGAGGAGGGCCUUGACCUGAGUGGGGUACGAGUGGAGCAGCCAGAGAGGAAACACUUCCAGGGUGUGACGGUGAGCGCGGUGGCAGAGGUGGAGCCCAACCAGACGCUGUCCCUGGUGCUGAAGAGCCCCAACCAGCACUGCAACCAGAGCAAAGAUCUGCAACUGUACGAGUUGGGCGCCUCAGCCUUUAGCCUGCUGUGGCUGUCCCAUGACACUGGUGCUGUGGCGAUGACGGCCCAGAUGUCCACAGUGGCUCACUAUCAGGGCAACUACCGGCCAGCCUUCCGUGUCACUGCCGUCUCUGACUCGUACAUGGUGUCACUUACCCAUGACAGCCGUGGUGUUCGCUUCACAGAGAGGGGUGUGGUGAAGUUUGUCCUGCAGCAGGCGCUAUACGCCAUGGGCCACACCUGCGUACGUGAAGGCUUCUCCCUGGUCGCCUACAUCAAUGCCAACGGGACAAACCAAGAAGUCGUACGCUCCUUCAAGGCUGGGGUAAACUACCGGGACACGUCCAUCACCUUGUCCGCUGCAACCACUGUGGAUUCAGGGGAUUGGCUGAACUUUGAGAUCUUUACCCCGUCCCAGUGCAACAUCCGCUAUUUUGGCGACAGCUCUGGGAUUAGUAUGCUAAGUCUGCUCUGGAUCCCGAGCAGCAUUUCCUCAUCUCUCACGGCCACUGUUUCUAGGAUGGGCCUGCCGUCCGGCGCAGUGAGGAACAAAGCCCUGUUCUUCCAGCAGGUGGGUCCAAGCGCUGACCAUGUUCGGCUGGCUGGGACAGGAGAGCAACAUGCGCGGAGGAACUUUGUGUUCAGAGAAGCUGGGAUAGCCAAUGUGGCACUAAAUGUAAAGCUAAUUCACUCCUGUAAUGUGGUGAAGCUAGUGCUACAUCGCCAGGGCAAGGAAGGGGCACAAUCGACUCCUCUGGCGCAGCAGGUUGGAGGUCACAUGCCCGAGGGCAGUGAGUGGGCCAGUGUCGGAUUGAGGGCGUCUUUUGAGGUGCAGAACAACACCGCCAUCUACAUCACUCUUGACUGCGUUCGUGGGCGCAUUAAUCAGAUCACACAUGAGGGAGGAACCAACAUCUCCAUUCUAUGGGUUGCUGCGUGAUCCUGGCUUUUUCUUGCAUUUGAUGUGGAGAGGUGCGUUCAGAAAAUGGUGCUUCCAGAAACUGUUCAGUGCCAAAACUGAAUGAAUGGUUGGCAGCUUGAAUAUUCAUUGAGAACAUUUAAGUACGACAGAGAAAUGCAGAGGAGCUAUUUGAAUUUACAGAAAUUUCCAUUUGUUGAGUCAUUUUAUGUUUAUUGCAGUAUUCUUUGUAAGUACUGAUCACCUUGCAAGUACUUCAGCUGGUUGAGCAGUGACCAAUAUUUCCCGAGGGAGAGAAUUUUUUUCUCUUUUCUCUCGUUUUAUUUUAGUGUCCGUUCAAGUGUGCGCAUGUGUGUGUUCCCUGAGGAGAGAGAGAGGAGGUAAGAGAGAAUGAGUAUGUGCUGGCAUGCUUGUAGGCUGCAUUUUGUGUUUGGCCGUAGCACGUCAACCCUUGUACAGUCAUAUAUUGUGGUUGACUGUGUACAGCACUGUGAUAAAGUCAGAGACCACCCAUCAUUUAUUUCAUUUCCAGUCAAACAGCCAUCAAGUACAAGUUAUUCAUAUUUCAGUGUCAAACUAGCUGGAAACUUUAACAGAAUUUAAGAGAAAACUAUAGAGAAACCUCAACAAAUAAAAAUAUCAUUGUUUCCAGUGUUUAGUGAGUCACCCUUUACCUUUAUUACAGCUUCCAUUCUUUUCAGGAGACUCACUUUCAGUUCUUCAAAGAAUCUGCAGACACGCCUCCAAAGUUCAGGCUUAGA